CAUAUUAUUAUUAUUAAUUUUAUACACAUCACAAUAGAACGAUUACCCACUUGUAUCGAUAUAUUGUUACCUAUAUUUCUUUUUAACAAUAAUAUCAAUAUCACCGCACACAGCGAAACUGCAAGGACGUCGCACUGUCGAAGUCGUAUCGCACGCACACACCGGCGCCGGCACGUAUUUACUAUUUACAAGGUACAUUCCGUAGUCGUGGUCACGUUUUUUCAUACGAAAUUGUGAUUGUUGAAGUUCCAGAACCACCGAAUCCGCCAUCGACGCUGAGAUUCGAACCUCCAGUCACCUACGCCGGACACAGACACCGCUGUCGCCUUAAUAUGAAGCGUAGGCACGCGCAACAAACUGAUUUCAAAGCUGUUAAGGCAGUAAAAGAAAUGGAUAACGUUCAGGCUUCAUCUGGUGAAAGUAAUCUAAAGGAAGUUCUGAAAUCAAAUGAAUGUGAACCGACACAAUUUAGAAAUGACUCUCACUCUGUAAGAUUACUAGAAAAUUUACAAUCUCUACGCAAAAAUAAAGUUUUAUGUGAUAUUAGAUUUAAAACAAAUGACGGUACUUUAGUAUUAGGACAUAAAAAUGUUCUAAUUGCAGCUAGUCCAUAUUUCAGAGCAAUGUUUGAUAAUUUUGAUGAGAGCAAUAAAGAUCUUGUUAAUAUAAGAGAAUUAGAUUCCAUGGUUUUAAAAAUAUUAGUAGAUUAUAUUUAUACUGGUGAAUUUAUAGUCACAAAAGAAAAUGUACAGGUUUUAUUACAAGGAGCAAACAUCUUACAGUUAGAUUUUGUAAGUGCUGCAUGUGCUGAAUUUUUACAAAAACUACUUGAUGCAUCGAAUUGUCUUGGUAUCAGGGCGUUUGCUGAUUUACAUAACUGUACGGAUUUGUUAUCAAGUUGUGAAGCAUUCAUUAAAAAACAGUUUUUGGAAGUGGUUAAAACUAAUGAGUUCCUAUCAUUAUCUUCCGAAGAUAUGGUUAAGAUUAUAUCCUGUAAUGACCUUGCUGUUCCAUAUGAAGAAAAAGUAUUUGAAAGUGUUAUGAAAUGGGCAAAACAUGAUUUGAAAAUAAGAAAAGAUGUUCUCUCAGAAUUAAUGGAACAUGUGCGUCUGCCAACAUUAGCAUCUAAACCUGAUAUAUUAUUUAAUAUAGUAAAUGAACCUCUUCUAAAAAAUGAUCCUAAAUGCAACAAAUAUGUUAUUGAAGCAUUAAAUUUUAAUCUACAAAAAUCAUUUCAGCAUUUCACGAUUCCAAAAACAAUUCGGUGUAAACCUAGGCAGUUUGGUGAUUCGCAAAAAGUUAUUCUAAUGUUCAAUCGGUCUGAUACAUCGCCAAAGUAUUAUGCAGAAUGGUAUGACCCAGCAACCACGCAAAGAAAGAUUGCACCAGGACUAAAUGAAUUUCGAGGGUUAGCUGGUCUCGUCGUUAUGAGAGAUCGAUAUGUUUUUGCUGUAGGAAGUGUGAAUGGAAUAAGUUCUAAAUCUGUCAGUAUGCUUGAUGUAUCUUCACAAUCACCCUCAUGGGUUCCAAUGGCCGACAUGUUAGUUAGUAGGAGGCGUUUGGGAGUUGGUGUAUUGGAUGAUUGUAUAUAUGCAGUCGGUGGAGGUAAUUUCAAAAAUUCAGUUAAUAGCGUAGAGGUUUUCGAUGUCAGUAUUCAAAAAUGGAGACUAGUGUCUAGUAUGUCAAUUAAGAGAUAUGAUUUUGGUGUUGGUGUACUCAAUAAUCGUUUAUAUGCGGUUGGGGGUGCUGGUGAUCGUAAAACUGUUAAAUCUGUGGAAUAUUAUGAUCCUGCGCUUGACACAUGGACAACAGUUGCAGAAAUGUCUGGAAAUCGUAAAGGUGUUAGUGUAGGAGUCAUGGACGGCGUGAUGUAUGCUAUUGGUGGCUAUGGUGCAGGAAAGUAUCUUAAACGUGUUGAGGUCUAUAGACCAAGUGAUGGUGUUUGGUCGUCUGUUGCUGAUAUGAAUUUGUGCAGAUAUAGGCCUGGAGUAGCCGUAUUAGAUGGUUUGGUGUAUGUUUUUGGUGGAGAAAGAGAAUCAUUUAUUGUUGAUACUGUAGAAAUUUACAACCCCAACACCAAUACUUGGACCUUGGAGAGAUUGUCAAGAAAUAAAGUACAAAUUUAUGCUGGAGUAGUUGUUGAUAGACCAAUACAUUGUAUUAACUUAUUGCCAUAGAUAAUGGUCUCGUUGUUGGUAGUAAUUUGAACAUAUUUGUGUAUAAUAAAAUUAAUGACAACAUUUGUACGGUUCUAUUCAA